UUAGUUCUUCUGACUGAACCGCAGUCACACAACAAUAGUGGAGCUCCUCCGAUUCAGACGCAUCCAGCGGACUUGCUCUCUAUCGGAGACUCGGACCUGUAGUUUAAUAUUUAUUCUUCUCCCGUCGUCUUUUCGUGACAGUGGCAAAAUUCGUGACAGACAGUUGAGUUUAGCUGAAUUAUCCGUUGGAGGUUAGUUUUUUUUGUUUUCUCGGAACAGAGAUGCCUGAGGACAUCCGGACAGCCAAGCCUGGAGGAGUCAUUGCCUAUAUUUCCUCCAGCCCAGAGUCCUGCCUGAACAGGGGCUACCUGUCGACAUCACAGACAGCGCCCCGCCCGUCGCUGCCCAGCAGGGCUGUGGGCAUGGUGGUGGAUAUCUCUCGGCCGGCCAAGAGUGGCCACCAGCGCGGCGGCCACGGCACGGAAAAGGCCGGGCGCUCCUCCACGUCUGCCAAGAGCAGCAUUACCAAAAUCAAUGGCAUGGUGCUGUUGUGCAAGGUGUGUGGUGAUGUGGCCUCGGGCUUCCACUAUGGUGUCCAUGCCUGUGAGGGCUGCAAGGGAUUCUUCAGGAGAAGCAUCCAGCAGAACAUCCAGUACAAGAAGUGUCUAAAGAUGGAGAACUGCACCAUCAUGAGGAUCAACAGGAACCGCUGCCAGCAGUGUCGGUUCAAGAAGUGUCUGGCUGUCGGCAUGUCCAGAGAUGCUGUCCGAUUUGGCCGCAUUCCAAAGAGGGAAAAGCAAAGGAUGCUGCUGGAGAUGCAAAACGCGAUGAACAACAUGAUGAGCAACAACAGCCAGCUGCACAGCAUGCUGCACGGCCACCCGAGCCCAGCACUUUCCAUGGAGGCCAUGACCAGCGACGCCAGCUCUUCAGCCUCCUCAUCUUCCUCCUCCUCCUCCUCCUCCUCUGCUUCUGAGUCCCCGACGUGCUCCAACCCUUCCUCCCCGCAGUGCCCCCAGGACUCCGAGUCCGUGGUUUCUAUGGACACCAACUCCAGCUCUGCGUCCUCCUGCGCGUCAGACAGCGGCGAGGACGAGGCCGUCGCCACAUUGAGCAGGCAGCACCGGGACGCCUUCGGCCAACAGAGGUCCCAGGCCUCGCCCUUGUCCGGCCCCGUCACCCUGGAGACGAGGUGCGACGGCCGCCUGGAGGCUCAACAGGAGAACUGGAGCUGCUGGAACAACAACGUGGUUGUGGGAGGUCACCAGCCGAGUUCAUACAGUACCAGUCAACACGUCGCCGACACUGCUUACAGGGAGGAGAGGCCAGUGAACCAGCAGCAGCUCAACAGCACCCCUAGCUGUGAACUACCAGAAGACAGCCAAAGACAGCACGUAUAUCACACACAACCUGCCUCAAGAGGUUUUAACGGGCCGACCAGCUGUGUGAAUAAUAGAGCACACUUGGUCUGUCCGAUGAACACGUCACCCUUCGUGGACCCCAACAAGCCGAGCCAAGAGAUCUGGGAGGAGUUCUCCAUGAGUUUCACCCCCGCCGUGCGGGACGUGGUCGACUUCGCCAAGGGGAUCCCGGGCUUCUGCGACCUCCCCGAGCACGACCAAGUCAGCCUGCUGAAAGCUGGAACUUUUGAGGUGCUGAUGGUCCGAUUCGCCUCUCUGUUCAACGUGGUCGAGCGGACGGUGACCUUCCUGAGCGGCAAGCGCUACAGCCUGGACACGCUGCGGUCGCUGGGCGCCGGCGAGCUGCUCAACUCCAUGUGCGAGUUCAGCGAGAAGCUGGCGCUGCUGGGGCUCGACUCGGACGAAAUGAGCUUCUUCACCGCCGUGGUGCUCGUCUCAGCCGAUCGCUCAGGGAUCCAGGACCUGGACUCAGUUGAGGCCCUGCAGGACAAACUGAUCCGGGGGCUGCGAAACCUGGUGAUGCAGAACCACGGCGAGGAGUCCGCCACCACCUUCACCAAGCUGCUGCUCAAGCUUCCCGAGCUGCGUUCGCUCAACAACAUGCACUCCGAGGAACUGCUCUCCUUCAAAGUGCACCCAUGAACGCUUCCUGACCUUAUCCACACGCCUCCACCUCCACCAGGACCUGCCUCUCACUGGCCCCUGACUCUCCAUAUUCAGACCAACCCAUAUGCGUUUUCUCGAAUGUAUCAAAAGUUGUUUUUUUUAUUCUAUUUUCCUUGGGUAGGCCAUGUGGGGUCUAAAGAGAGAAGAAUAUAAAAUCUAUUGUAUUUAUAGAAAAGAUAGCUUACACUUGUUGCACACAAGCACACGCAAGUGCAUGCGUGUCAGAGGUUUUUAUUUUCCAGAGAACGAAAGAGUAUUUAACUGGCUUUACGAAAUGACAUGAGUAGAAAACAAUUAGUCCGAAAGCCAUUCAAAAGUGUAUUCUCUGACGAGCGGGUAAAUGUGAGAGACGGUAUAUACCUUAACGUAUGUCAUAUUUUUAACUGAUACAUGUCGGCAAGAAAGGCAAGCUAUCAGAAAAGUAUCGAAGAAUGUGUGAUGAUCGCUGCUAAUGCAUGGCUGUACUUAAUGCAAACAAUUAUUACUUGGAUCUUCUCCCCUUUGCCUCAGAAAGCAUCAGUUCAUAGUUUCAGUGUAUAUAUAUAUAUAUUGUUUGUUUUUAUUUAAUUUUGUACAUGUUUAUGUCAUCUGCCUGUACACUGC